AUGUGCCGCUUCGGCGCCAGCUGCAAGCGCAAGAACCCGGCCCACUUCACCGAGGAAAACCACCCCGACGAUCACCCGUUCUUCGCGGCUAACGCUGUCGGCGGAGGCGACAGCGCCGUCUGCGUCGGCGUCGGGAAGGAGGCGGUCUACGCGCCGGCGCCGGGGAAGCCGAUGUGCCGCUUCGGCGCCAACUGCAAGCGCAAGAACCCGGCCCACUUUGUGGAGGAGAAUCACCCCGACGAUCACCCGUUCUUUGCCGCGCCGGGUGGAGGAGGCAGCGGGUGCGUCGCGGUGGAGCUGCCUGCCACGUACUCGCGCGACGCCUGGCGGCCGGUGCUGCGCGAGGUCUUCUUCUCGCCCGUCGCCGACGACGCGUUUGUCCUCUUCGAGGCGAGAGCCGCGCCAUGCCUGCCGGAGAGA